CAAAUCGACGGCUCCCGCAGCCCGCCGAACGCACACCAGGCGGGCGCCGCCUGCCCAUUCCUUCCUUCCUCGCCUCCCCCCUUUCAAAUUUGCGUAGCGUUGAUUUCACGCCCCGAUCCCCUUAGAAUCUGCCGGCCGACGCACCCCUCCCCGAACGCCGCACAAGUGCAGCUCCCAAUCCGGAGGCGAGCCGAGGCCCAAACCCUAGCAACCGGGAGCUAUGGCGCGCCCGAGGGGUAAGAAGCGCACGGCGGCCGAGGCGGCGGCCACUGAGUCGAGCAAGCCGGAGGCGGCGGCGAAGGAGCCGGCCAAGCGGGGGCGGGGGAAGCGCGUCAAGGCGCCGCCCAGGCCCACGGAUUACUUUCCCGAGAAGAGGAAUCUCGAGGAUCUGUGGUUAUCCGCUUUUCCUGUUGGCACUGAGUGGGAAAACAUUGAUAAGAUAAAGGAAUUCAACUGGAACUUUGAAAACUUAGAGAAAGCAUUAGAAGAAGGGGGAGAACUUUAUGGGAAGACAGUAUACCUGUUUGGAAGCACCGAGCCUCAGCUAUUGUAUGUUAAUGGUGAAUCGAAGAUAGUGCUUAUUCCAGUUAUAGUUGUUGUAGACUGUCUUUUCCCUCCAUCAGAUAAGAUUGGCAUUAAUUCCGUCCAAAGGGAAAAUGAAGAAAUACUGCCAAUGAAGGCGAUGAAGAUGGCAUGGGUGCCUUAUGUUCCCCUUGAGGACCGGCUCAGCAGGAUUGAUAGCCUGGAAACAAAAAUAUUCACUCUCGGUUGCACCCAGCGAAGGUCUGCACUGAAGCAUCUCAAAACUGAGAGAGUCAAGAAGUUUGACUACUGCAUGCCCUAUUACAUGCCAUUGCAACCUAUUGAAGAUGAAGAUGACACAGUUAUCAAUUUCUUAUAUCCUCUAGAACCACCGAUAGUAGAUGACUUUAACUGGGAAAUGGAUGAUUAUGAGGAUUUUGCUGAUCAGAAAGUUAAAGAUGAGGACCUGCCGGAGGAUGAGAAAGAAAAAUUUAAGGAAUUUUUAAAGGAGAAGGUUAGAGAAAGGAAGAGAGAACUGAAACAGGCCAAAGAAGCCAGGAAGAAAGCCAUCGAUGAUAUGGAUCCUAAGAAAAAAGAGGCAUUUGAAAAUAUCAAAUUUUACAAAUUUUAUCCUGUGAAAACCCCGGACACACCAGAUGUUGACAGUGUAAAGUCAAAGUACAUCAACAGAUAUUACCGGAACACACAUUAUCUGAUCUAGGCAUUCUGGAUCUCACAUGUUUGGACGUUUGGUGAGCUUCGUCACUGGUUGGGCUAUCCAAAUUGAAGAGAGGAUACCAGAAAUUUUGAAACCUGGGGGAGAUCAGCUUGGCGACAUCUUCGAAUGUGGUCUCUUAUGGACCCAUCAGACCACAUGUUGCAUCUGAAGCCUGUUGUGCACUUGUGCUAGAGUUAUUACUCUCACUCAUCCGAGUAUCCCCUUCCUUAGGCAUCUUCUUUUAUUGCGGGGGUGUAUAACAUCUUGACAUCUUGAGGAUAGAUUAUUGUGUAACAAUCAGAGGGUCUAGGUAGUUGUAAGAGUAAACAGGCGGUUCAGGAACAGUUUGUUCCCCUUUUCAUCUAGUAAAGUUUGGGCAGAGAAUUCCUGGGUUUCCUGA